CAUCAUCAAGAGGCUUCCUAUCUUUCACAUGCUCAACGGUAGUGGGUCAAGGUUGCUGUUGCCAUAUUACGCUUUAUUAUCAGCUAUCGCUCUGACUAUUCAAGCUGAAUUUAGGAAGAACAUAACACAGAGUGGUAGCUACAAUGACCCCUUUGAAUCAUUCCGGGGACACCAAGUUCACCGUCUUUAUCCGCCUGCCAUGCCCCCGGGGGGAUUUUGUGGAUCCUCCCCCGAUGGAAUGGAAUGCAGCUAAGGAUCAGGCUCUCUGGGACAUUCUUUCGCGGCCCUCGAAAGGCGAUGAUCUAGAUUGGAAAGCAUUAGCAGACCACUUCGAAGUCACACUUCAGUUCUUACUCCAGCAGGCAGCAUGGCUGUACGACCGUCAGCUAUCGCAAGUGCGCGCGCAAAUGCGCAAAGUGCCGACCACGCAGUCGACAUCUACAUCGCCCGCUCCCGGCUCGAUAUCCGGCAGUGCUGCUCUCGGUCAAGUUAAAGCUGCCGCAAGCAAUGCUCCGAGAGCUCCAAGUUGCCUGGCGCAACAGAAGGAGUCCCUGCCGCAACGAGCCCCGAUCCCCAGACGCACGAGCUCGACGACAACCAUCAAUCAACUAAAGCCCGCCCGAGAGCCAUUGCGCGACGAACCACCUACUUCCGAGCCAAAAGAGCUAGGCCGCGAGGCCCAUGCUUCACGGCCACCGGCCAGCCGACGAGAUCCCCCGAUUCCAAAGUCGCCAACUCUCGAGGAGGAAGAUUUGACGUCCAGCUCGUCCGAGUCCGCGUCCGAGGAGGACGAGCGAGUGGACAGCCGACGGGGACUCAGAUUCAGACCAUUCGGCAAAUUCUCGAUGUAUAAGCCAGGAUUGCGAGAUGAGGAGGAGGAGGACGAUGAUUCACCAGCUUUUCUUCCCCUAUCCUCCGGUCCAGCCCAUACCCCCCACCAUCCCUCAGGCUCGGAUCUCAAUGCCACGCUACGGAUGAACGGGGAGGACGUACCUGCCGUCUCCAAUCGACGCCCCACGGAACAACUCCAUACAGUCAGAAAGUCUCCUACCGCGGAUUCAUCCACGAGCUCUGUCAGCUCCGGAGUCCCAGUAUCGCAUCCAGCUACCGAUCGCCGGCGACACAUGCACCAAAGCGGCGGCCCUCUGAGCCCCCGUCGUGCCGCCGAGCUGACCCCCUUCAGUCCGCGGCGGUCGAUUGCAUCUGCGGGUCGAGAGACCAGCGAUGGGACGCCUAGUAUGGGAAGUAGCUUUAGUGACCUGGAUGAUGCCAGCGUUACGCAGUCGGCGCUCGAAGAGGCUCUGAUGAGCAAUAUGCAGCAUGGAGGAAUGGCAAGCCGCAUGAGCACUUUUAGCCAGGCCUUACGAAGUCGCUAUUUGCCUUGAUCAGGGCUAUGACUUUACAGCUCUCUUUUUCCCCCCUCAUCAUUUACACCAAAUGGCUUCCUUAAGGAAAGGGUCUAUCAGCAGAUUGGAUGUAUUCAAAUCUACCAAUGUCUCUUCGUAUAACCUCUAUUGAAUGCACAAUGAUCAAUUUCGGUUCUUUGACUACCACUUACGACUGAUUUCCAAUUGGCUGUUCUGAUCAUGACAAGUGUCAUUUCGAGCUGUUAUUGCCGUCUUCCUACCCACAGGAGUUUCCUCGUAUGUUGUUCGGAGGUGUACUCUAUACAAUCAACCGUGCUUAUCUCCGCCGGGCUUGAGCUUAAAUCCUGCGGAAGCCGGGGGCUUAUC